UGGUGUCAACAACAUCCAACAGCCCACAGCGCUGGUCGUCGCAACUAGCCAACUAGCAAUUUUUUUCAGUUUUUGCUUAUUUAAAAGUACACACAAAUAUAUAUGAUUUCUGCUUAGCGAAAAAAUAUUUCAAAAAUAGCAGCUAAUUAAAAACUAACCUACGAAACUAGCAAGUAAACGAGAGUUUUGCGAAAUUUUUCAAAUUUCAAAACCGUUUUUAUUUGUUUCUUCUAGAAAAGUAAGCAAACAGUGACUGCGUUAGUGCAAAUGCUUUUUGGGCAGUUAAAUAAUUUUGAAAAAUUAUUGCAAAUAAUUUUUAUGCAAAGCGAAAAUUUUUUGCAAAGCAAAUCUCAGAAGUGUUGUGUAAAAUAAGUGCUGACCGGUGUUCAAAACUGCCGAAGGACUAUAAUUAAAAGCAGCAACCACUGACAAUGGAUUAAUUGUAAAACUGAGUGAGAAGUUCAACGUCAUUUUAUAAGCAAACGUAAAAUAAUUAUUUGGAACUUUUAGCACGAAAAAAUCUUAUUUUUAGACAAUCCUUGCGGUGCUUUAACCCAAGUGAAAUAUACAAUAGUGUAAUCUGCCUGAAAAGUGUCAAAAAUAAAUUGCGUUAAAAAAUAUUAAAAAAAAAACUACCAAACUUUUUAAUUUAAAUUGUGUGUUAAUUUUUAUGAAAAAGCACACAGGCGCCUUGAGUACGAGGAAAAUCAAAUUAGCAAGUGAAAAAGGAUAUUGCAAGAUGACCAGAAAAGGUUCGAGUCCACUGGGGCUCGACGUAUUGGCUGUCUCAGUGGCAGUGGCAUUCAUAUUUUUGCCAUUGUUAGCACAAGCCGCUCCCCUACAAGAUGCAACUGAAAUUCAACAAUACACAGAAGGCUGUUAUUACAAUUACAAUCACUACAAUGAAGGCGAUAGAAUAUUGACGAAUGAACCCUGCCUGAAUUGUACCUGCCAUAAUAAGAUGCUCAUGUGUUAUCUGCGUGUCUGCCCGUUCACGAAGCCAAUCGGUCACGACUGCAUUGUGGAGAAGCGUGAGGAUCAGUGCUGUCCGAUUAUCACAUGUCCCGAGGUACCAGUUGAUAUUGCGCAUCAUGCACCCGAACCAGGCACUGAGCUCAGCAUUCCCGAGAAAUAUGGCUGCAGCAUCGAUAGUAAAUUCUACCCAGAGGGCGCACAAGUACCAUCGAACCCAAAUAAACCCUGCGAGCUGUGUUACUGCAUCAAGAAUCGCACUUCGUGUUUAAUGCAAGAAUGUACGCUGCAUAUUGACGGUUGCACGCCCAUCUACAACAAGGGUUCAUGCUGUCCCGUGCGUUACAAUUGCGAUCACGAGAAUGACAUUUUGGAAUUGGAGGAUCAUUCGUCGACCACAUCCACCACCACCACCGAACGUCCAACGCCUGGUUUCAUACUCACAACCACCAUGUCGCCCUCAGUCUCCACCGAUUGUGUACACAAUGGCGAGGUCUACGCCGAUGGCGCGUCCAUUACUGGCAAGAGUGCCUGCGAACAUUGCUACUGUAUGCGCGGAGAUAUUGUUUGUGCUGUACAAGAAUGUGAGAUGCCAAUGUUGGCCAGCAAUGGUAAGAGUUGUCAUGCAUUGCCACCAGCCGAAGGUGAGUGCUGUCCAAGCAAUUAUGUCUGCGAAGAUGACUCAGCUACAACCGAAGCCUUUGAGAUCACUACUGUACCGUAUGCUAAGGAAGAAGAAGCAGUUACUGCUACCCCCGAUAAGGACCUGCAUGGCGCCAUUCCAGUCGAGGAUAUUGAACUGCAACAACACAUUGAUGAAGAUGAAGAAGAAAAGAUAUCCACAGAUAAGCCCGAGGUCGAAGUCGAACAAGGAGUGGAAAGUAAACCUGCCGAUCAAGUUACUACUUCAACUCCUGAUGUGGCAGCAAUUGGUGCCACCGAAACAGCGGUAACAGCAAAAUCUGAAGAAGAACAAAAGGAAGAAGGCAUUGAGGAUAUUGAGCGUGUUACCACCGUUAAAUCUGAAGUUGCGACUGAAGCUGCUAUUGAAGAACAGAAGACGGAAGAGCAACCGACAAGUACUGAGGCUGUUGAGCACGUAUAUGGAACAACAGCUGGACCUGAUGGCACCAAACGUAUUGGUAUUGACAUUGACGAGCAUGACAAGGUUACCGCUGAGCCAGCCGCUGAGGAAGAGGUCACUACAGUACCAAGUACUCAUGUGGAACAUAAGCCAACAGUUGAAUUUGCCGACAGAAUUGAUACUGAAACAGGUAAACCGAUUAAUGAUGAGACAGCAGCAACUAUUCAACCAGCAAUCGCUGAAAUACCAACCACUGUAUCCACACCGAUGAAAGCUGAUAAGGAAUCCGUUGAGGACACAAGCGCUGAGACAGUCGAAAGUGAGGAAUCAACAGAAACAUCUGAGGAAACUAUUGCUGCACAUGAGAAACCAACGACUACACAUCGGCCCGUUGUUGAGAAAGAAAGUUCUGAGGAGUCCACAGAAGUUGCGGAACAAGAAGCCCCCACCAAACAACCAACCAUUAUUGUAUCUGAAGAGGAGCCAGAGAAAUCCACUACGCAGCGGCCCGUUAUUGAGCAAGAAAGUGCUGAGGAGUCCACAGAAGUUGCGGAACAAGAAGCCACCACUAAACAACCAAUUGUUGUUGUAUCUGAAGAGGAGGAAGAGAAACCAACAAGCACAGAGGUCAGUAAGGAGGGCAGCGAGGAAUCAACUGAGUCUGCAGAAGCUGAGGUAUCAACACAACAAUCUACAGAAAUCUCAAGUUCAGAAGAGGAAAUACCCGAUAUGCAAUUGCCAGCUGUUAUACCAGGAGAGGGUGACUGUUUGGUCGGCCACAGAACUUACGAAAAUAAUACAAUCAUACCAACGGCGGACGAGUGUGAUAUAUCUUGCAAAUGUAUUAGCAGCAUUGUUGUUUGUCAGAAGGUUGAGUGCAAUAUCCCAGCAGAUAUUACCAGGUGUGUUAUCGAUCCAGCAAGCUCUACGAAAUGCUGUCCCGUAUACGUCUGUGAACCACAAGAAACUGCAGCAACUACUGCGCCCAUUGCACAAGAUGAAGAACAGACAACAGUUGCUCCUAUCUCAGAUAUUCACAUACCUGCUGCUCCUACUGAGCAGCCAAUGUCUCAUGUCAAGGAAGAAGAAGAACCAAUUGUAGAAGGUACAGCUGCUGCAGAAAUUGACCAAUCCGCAUCGAUUACCGAAAGUGGAGAGGAACAGACGGCUACAGCUUCACCUAUCGCACCUGCUACUGAAACUGAACCAGAGAAGACUGCUGUCGCACCUAUCGUGGACGCUGGACACGUUAGUGUUCCAGCUGCUGAGGAAGUUGAGAAGAUUACUGCUGCGCCUGAACAUGAAGGUGUUCCAUCUGUCGAAGAAGACAUUGCUCCAGAAAUUACUGAAAUUGAAAAGGCGACUGUUGCUCCUGUUCCUGAGGAAGUUGAGAAGGUUACUGCUGAACCUGAAGAAGAAGGUUAUCCAACCGUGGAAGGAGACAAAGCCACUAUUGAUCACGAAGUUCCUGAAAUCACUGAAAUUGAAAAGACUACAGUUGCUCCAGCUGUCGAGGAAGGCGAGAAAGUUACUGUUGGUGCUGAAGAACAGGGAGGUGUUUCAUCUACUGACCACGAAAUUCCUGAAAUCACUGAAACUGAAAAGGCGACAGUUGCUCCAACUGCUGAGGAAGGUGAAAAGGUUACUGGUGUACCUGAAGAAGAAGUAGUUUCAGACGUCGAAAAGGCAACAGUGUCACCAGUUUCUGAGGAACUUGAGAAGCCAACAUCUCGUCCAGCAUUCGAUGAAGGUGAAAAGGUUUCCUCCGUACCUAAUGAAGAAUCAGUUUCAGACGUCGAAAAGACAACAGUAUCGCCAGUUUCUGAUGAGGUCGAGAAGCCAACAUCUCGUCCAACAUUCGAUGAAGGUGAAAAAGUUACUGGUGUGUCUGAAGAAGAAGUAGUUUCAGACGUCGAAAAGGCAACAGUUUACCCAGUUUCUGAGGAUCUUGAGAAGUCAACAUCUCGCCCAGCAUUCGAUGAAGGUGAAAAGGUUUCUGCCGUACCUGAUGAAGAAUCAGUUUCAGACGUCGAAAAGACAACAGGUUCACCGAUUUCUGAGGAACGUGAGAAGCCAACAUCUCGUCCAACAUUCGAUGAAGGUGAAAAUGUUACUGGUGUAAAUGAAGAAGAAGUAGUUUCAGACGUCGAAAAGGCAACAGCGUCACCAGUUUCUGAGGAGGUCGAGAAGCCAACAUCUCGUCCAACAUUCGAUGAAGGUGAAAAGGAGGAACCGGUUACAGUCGGUGAGGAUAUUGAAGAGACUACAGUCGCCCCUGUUUCUGAAGGUCCUGAGAAGGUCACCUCUACCUCAGUGGAAGAUAUACCAGAGAAGGUUACUUCGAUUCCUACAACAGAAACUGAAGCAGCUACUGCUGUACCAAUUGCUGAAGGACAAGCCAAACCAACAACAGCUCCUGGAAUUUCAGAGGAUACUACUGCCAUAUCCUCUGAAGAAGCAAGCGAUGAGGUUACUUCUGCUCCUGGUAUCGAAGGUAUUGAAAAGGUUACCGUUCCUCCUAUUUCUGGCGAAGAAGAUAAGGAAGGUGUCACAACUGUUCCCGCAACCGAAGAAAUUGGGAAGACGACUAGAACUCCACCCACUAGAGAGCCUGAGAAAGCUAUUAGUGAAGAAGCUGAAGAAUCCACUACUACUAUUGUGGAUGAAGAAAGUGAUAAGGCUACUAUUGCUCCUGGCGUUGAAGAAACUGAAAAGGUUACCGCUGCACCUAGUAUCGAUGAGGAGGGACAUUCUAUUCCAGCCUCUGAAGAACCCGAAAAGACAAUUGGUGGAAAAGCUGAGGAGCCCACUCCUAUUCCUGUGGAUGAAGAAUUCGAGGAAAUCACUUCUGCUCCAGCUGUUGGUGGAAUUGAAAAGACUACUUCAACGCCUGUAUCUAGCGAAGAAGAGAAGGAAGUUGAGCAUGUUACAAUUAUUCCAGCAAGCGAUGAAAUCGAGAAGACAACUAGUGCUACUGCCGCUAAAGAACCCGAAUCUAUUGACGAAGAAAUUGAAAAUAUUACUUCCGCUCCUGCUGCCGAAGAAGAAGAAAAGGUGGAAAUUCAGAAGACAACUAGUGCAACUAUUCCAGAAGAAGGGGAAAGAACAACAGCUUCUCCCGCUGUUGAAGAUGUGGAGACUAGUACUGAUGCCUCUGCUGUUCCUACCUCCGAAGAAGAAAAGAAAGAAACUUCUGCUCCUGGUUCUGAAGGUAUAGAAAAGACAACAUCCCCUCCUCUGUACGAAAGCGUAGAAAAGGUUACUGCUGAACCAACUGUCGAGGAAGGUGAGAAGGUUAGCGCUACUCCAACUGUCGAAGAAAUUGAGAAAACAACUAUUGCUGCCAUCGCCGAAGAAACCGACAAAGCUACCGCUGCUCCAGUUGAUAAAGAACUUGAAGAGGUCACUUCUGCCCCUGUAAUUGAAGAAACUGAAAAGGUUACCCAAGCGCCAGAUGAAGGAGAAAUUUCAUCAUUUACUGGUAUUCCACGUCUUGACUUGGAUAUUGAAGGACAAUCGGGUACUGCCGCUCCUACCAGGGAUACAGAUGAAAAGGAAACCGAAAGUGUUGCGGAGGCCGAAAAAGUCACUACUGCUCCUGAAAUCGAAAUAUCUGACAAAGGUACUGCAGCUCCAGAAAUUGAGGAAGCCGAGGGAAGUGGACAGGUUGAAGAAGGUGAAAAGGCCACUGUUGCUCCUGAAAUCGAAGAUGUUCACAAAGGUACUGCAGUUCCUGAAAUCGAAGAAGCUGAGGGAAGUGGACCGAUUACAUCUGAAGGCGAAAGUAUUCAGGAAGGAGAAAAGGUCACAGCUGCUCCUGGAGUCGAAGGUGUUCACAAAACUACUGCAGCUCCUGAAAUCGAGGAAAUCGAAGGAAGCGGACAGCUUACAUCAGAAGGUGAAAGCAUUGAGGAAGGAGAAAAUGUCACAGCUGCUCCUGGAAUCGAAGGUGUUCACAAAACUACUGCAACUCCUGGAAUUGAAGAAACUGAAGGAAGUGGACAGAUUACAUCUGAAGGUGAGAGUGUUGAAGAAGGCGAAAAGGCCACUGUUGCUCCUGAAACCGAAGGUGUUCACAAAGCUACUGCAGCUCCUGAAAUCAAAGAAACGGAGGGAAGCGGACAGAUUACACCUGAAGGAGAGACUGUUGAAGAAGGCGAAAAGGUUACUGCUACUCCUGAAAUCGAAGUUGUUCACAAACCUACUGCAGCUCCUGAAAUUGAAGAAACUGAGGGAAGUGGAGAAGUUACAUCAGAAGGUGAAAGCGUUGAAGAAGCCGAAAAGGUCACUGCUGCUCCCGAAAUUGAGGAAGGUCUUAAAGCGAUCAGUGAUCAGCAGGAAGGCGAAGAUAUUACAUCUGCUUCAGUUACAGAAGAAAUUGAACAUGUUAGCGCAGGUCCUGGUGCACAGGAUGCUGAAGGUGUGGAGAAAUCUACUCUUGCUCCUGAAUUCGAAAGUGUUGAAAAGAUCACUGCUUCACCUACUUUGGAGGAGACUGAAGAGUCAACAGUUGCUCCUUCACAAGAAAUCGAAGGAGCCGAAAAACCCACGGCCUCUCCUGACAUCUCUUAUUCCGAAGCCGCAGAGAAAACUACCCGCACACCAGAAAUUGAAGAUAUUGAUAGAGCCACUGAAAAGGUACCUGUCGCAUCUGAACACGAUGAAGGUGAAAUUUUGGAGAAAACUACUCCGGCUCCUGUAUUCGAAGGUGUGGGCAAGGUUACUAUUGUUCCUGAUAUCGAAGAACUUGAAAAGAGUACCGUCGCUCCUGGAUUCGCAAAGGAUGAAGUUCCUGAAACUGAGGAAAUCGACAAAGUUACCGCCGCUCCUGGCACCGAAAAAGUUGAAAAGCCUAGUGAUGUUGACCAUAUUGAGGAAGGUGCUGAGAAGGCUACAAUCGCUCCUGAAGUCGACGAAGCUGAAAUAUCUACUGCCGCGCCCACAAUCGAAAUUGACGAAGUUCCUGCAAUCGAAGAAGCCGAUAAAGUAUCUGUUACUCCUAGUAGUGCGGUAUCUGAAAAAGAAACCGUUGCUCCGAGUGUCGGAGGUGAUGCAUUUUUGGAAAGUUCUACUCUCGCUCCUACCCUCGAUGUCGAAGGAAUUGAAAAGGUCACUGCAACUCCGAUUGCAGAAGAACCCGAAAAGGAAGACUUUGAAAGAACCACGGUCACCCCUCAAGCCGAAUCUGCAACUAAAGUUACGGCUGUUCCAAGUGCUGAACAACCUCAAGAAGUUGCAUCUGCUCCUGGAGCUCAGGAUGUUGAUCAUGAAAAAGUCACAUCCGCUCCUACGGUCGAAGAAGAAUUCGAGAAGGGUACUGCUGCUCCGGGAGUGGACGCUGGAAUUGGUUUUGAUGACAGCAUGAAAGAAACGAAUGACUCUGCGAUUCAUAAAGCAGAUAAACACACCACUAUUGCACCAACUGAGGACGAAAGCCAAGGUGUUACAAUUCCUCCUCGCUUGGACAUGGACAUCGAAGAAGCCACCGUUCAACCUAUUGUACCAUCUCUAGAAGACAUAAAUGUUACUCCUGCUCCAGCAGUAAUAGCUGAUUUAGAAUCAGUGGAGGAAAGCGAUACAUCAGUGGAAUCAGAAGAAGAGACCACAACUGAACACAAAGUACAACAUAUUGCAGAAUUCGUUACAGAUCACAUCUUGCAUAGCACUACUGAAAGUGCUAUUAAGCCCAUUGAACCAUCCAAGGACGAGUUGGAAGCUUCUGGUGAAGAAGGCGAAAAUAUUGAGGAUAUAACCGUUGAACCCGCUUUGAAACCACAAUUUGUGGGCGCAGACAUGGUUGCAGUUACAGAUGAGCCUACAGCCGAGGAAGAGACUGCGAAACCUGAAAUCAGCAAGGAAGCUCAACCAGAUGAGGCAGAUAAGGAGAAACAACCUUCUCCAGCUGCUCCAGAAACCGAAGCUGAAAAAGCAACAGCAACAUCGAAACCCGAAAAGGAACAAGAGAAACCAACGUCAGCUAAACCACAACACGUAGCCGAUGAACAAGAAUUUGUCACUGCUGUUCCGGAAAUAGAUACAGUCAAGGAAGAGCAACACACCACGGGCAAACCUUUAGUUGAGGUAGCCGAAUCCGUAACUGAAUCUGAAAAAGAGGAACAACUGGCCACAAGCAAACCUCAUGUCGAAUCAGAGGAAGGAGAACAACCUGCAACAGCUAAGCCUGAAAUUGAAUCUGAGACCCAAGCUACCGCCGUUCCUGUGUCUGAGUCCGAAGAAGAAAAACAAUCUGCAACACCUAAACCUGAAAUCGAAUCCGAAGAGGAGGAACAAUCAGCGACAGCUAAGCCUGCAGUUGAAUCUGAGAUCACAGCAACAGCCGCUCCUGAAGUUGAAUCUGAAGAAGAGAAACAACCUGCAACAAGUGCUCCGAAAAUCGAAUUCGAUGAGAAGGAACAAUCAGCGACCGUCCAACCUCAGGUCGAAUCUGAUGAAGAAAAAAUCUCAGCAACAGUCGCUCCAGUGACUGAAUCUGAAGAAGAAAAACAACCUACAACAGUUAAACCUGAAAUUGAAUCCGAAGAGGAAGAACAGCCAGCGACAGCUAAGCCUGCAGUUGAAUCUGAGAUCACAGCAACAGCCGCUCCUGAAGUCGAAUCCGAAGAAGAGAAACAGCCUGCAACAGCUAAACCUGAAAUUGAGUCCGAAGAGGUAGAAUCAGCGACAGCCAAACCUCAGGUCGAAUCUGAUGAAGAAAAUAUCUCAGCAACAGCCGCUCCUGUGACUGAAUUUGAAGAAGAAAAACAACCAGCAACUGCUAAACCUGAAAUUGAAUCCGUAGAAGAGGUAGAAUCAGCGACAGCUAAGCCUCAGGUCGAAUCUGAUGAAGAAAAGAUUUCUGCAACAGUUGCACCUGAAAUCGAAUCCGAGGAGGAGGAACAAUCAGCGACAGCUAAGCCUGCGUACCCAGCAUCAGCCGGGUUCGACGAAGAAAAACAACCUGCAACAGCUAAACCUGAAAUUGAAUCCGAAAAAGAGGUAGAAUCAGCGACAGCUAAACCUCAAGUCGAAUCUGAUGAAGAAAAGAUCUCAGCAACAGUCACUCCAGUGACUGAAUCUGAAGAAGAAAAACAACCUACAACAGUUAAGCCUGAAAUUGAAUCCGAAGAGAAGGAACAGCCAGAAACAGCUAAGCCUGCAAUUGAAUCCGAGAUCCAAGCAUCAGUCGCUCCUGAAGUCGAAGCUGAUAAACCAUCUGCAACAGCUAAGCCUGAAGUUGAAUCCGAGAUCGCAGCAACAGCCGCUCCUGACGUUGAAUCAGAAGAAGAAAAACAAUUUGUUACUGCUAAACCUGAGUUCGAAUCCGAAGAGAAGGAACAAUCAGCGACUGCCAAACCUAAGAUCGAAUCUGAUGAAGAAAAGAUUCCUCCUGUUACUGAAUCUGAAAAAGAAAAACAACCAGCAACAGCUAGACCUGUAAUUGAGUCCGAAGAGGUAGAAUCAGCGACAGUGAAACCUCAGUUCGAAUCUGAUGAAGAGAAGAUCCCAGCAACAGGUGCUCCUGAAAUCGAAUCUGAAGAAGAAAAACAACCUGCAACAGCUAAACCUGUAAUUGAGUCAGAAGAAGUAGAAUCAGCGACAGCGAAACCUCAGGUCGAAUCUGAUGAAGAAAAGAUCCCAGCAACAGGUGCUCCUGAAAUCGAAUCUGAAGAAGAAAAACAACCUGCAACUGUUAAACCUGAAAUUGAAUCCGAAGAGAAAGAACAACUAGCGACAGCUAAGCCUGGGUACCCAGACUCAGCCACUCCUGAAGUCGGUUUCGAUGAAGAAAAACAACCUGCAACAAUAAAACCUGAAAUUGAAUCCCAAGAGGAACAAGCAGCGACCACCAAACCUCAGGUCGAAUCUGAUGAAGAAAAGAUCACUGCAACAGCCGCUCCUGAAAUCGAACAACAACAACCAACAACAGCUAAACCGCAGAUCGAAUCUGAAGAAGAAAAGACUCCUGCAACAGCCACUCCUGAAUCCGAACUCGAAAAAGAAUCAGCGACGAGCAAACUGGAAGGUGAAGUCGAUGAGGACAAAGAAACUGCAUCAGUACCACCUACGCCAGAAGCUGAAUCGGAAGCGGAGAAGCAGCCAACAGCAACUAAACCAGAAGCCGAUAUUGCCGAAGAACAACAAAUCGCAACCGUGCAACCGGUCUCCGAAACAGAAAGCGAUAAGCAACACACUCCUGAAGAAGCAGUGCCCGUCAGCUCCACUGAGAAGACAGAAACAUCUGAAGAAGAAGCUGAAGUCAGUUCCGAAGAGAAACAAGGCAUCACAACUGUGCAUCCGCUAUACCCACAUAUUGUUACUACACUGCCAACGCCAGCUAUCGACAGCAGAGUUGACGUCGUCGCCAAUACAACUGCGCAACCCGAAAUUCUUAUGGAAACCACCACACCCACAAAUCUCAUCGCCAGUGAUGUGCUCGUUACAACACAACCAACCAUCACACACUAUCCACCACCGGCGCCCGCAUACGGCCAAUAUCCAUCCUACAACGAUGAAUAUCCCGACGAAGACGAAUCUGAGGUCUUCGGUCCUGGCACCUGUCGCUAUGGCGGUAAACUUUACGUGUCCGCACAGCAAAUACCACGCGACGAUCCCUGCGAUUUCUGCUUCUGUUUCCGAAGCGACAUUAUCUGCUUGCAACAAUCUUGUCCGCCACCAAUUGCCGGCUGUCACGAGGAACCGAUCUCUGGUUUCUGUUGUCCACGAUACGAAUGUCCCGUGUCGAUGGCAACCGUACUGAAUAUCACCACCAGUACGACAACGACAAGCACAACACUGCCGCCACACUUCCUGCACCACUCAUAUGGCGGUGCGGUGCAACGUAACGGCUGUCUGAUCAACGGCCGAUCCUACAAGGUUGGCGAGAAGAUCGAAUCGACGAGCGGUCCCUGCAUCAAUUGCACUUGCGGCGGCGAUGGAAAGAUGAAAUGUGAUCCUCAGGCGUGCGUGCCCGAGCCCACGAUGCAGCAGGUGAUGGCUGUCGUGGCGACCGGCCGGAAGAGAUGAAAUAAUCGCUAAACAUAAACGCUUACGCAUACAACACAGCAGAUAAGGAACACGCACAAACACACACACACACACUCAAACACAAACACAAAGCAAGACUAGUGAACUUAAAUGAAUCUGCAAUCCCGGUGCCAAAACCACAAUGAAACAUUAUGGAAUUAUGGAGACAAAAGACGAAGAAAACUAUGCAAAACAAAACAAAAAACAAACAAAAAACAACAAAUAUAAAAAACGAACGUUUUCGAGGCGAAAAAUGAGUUAGGCACACAUACUUGCAUACAUAUCUGCGUAUGUGUUGUGUAUGUAGCUCCGUUAUUUUUGCUUUGAACACACAAAACCUUAUUAUUAUUACAUUUAGUAGGUAUACACUAUAUUUAUAUAUAAAUAUUAUUAUUUUUUUUUUGUUUUUGUUUUUUUCGAACUAGCAUACGAGCAAACAACCAGUGAUAUUGUGCUGUAUACCUAGUAUAGGUGCAAUUAACAAUUUUGUAAUUAAGGACGCACUUACUUAAGCGAAAUUUUCGUUUGUAAUUUGUAAUUGUAAAAAAAAAACACAACAACAAAAGCAAAGCAAGCAAAUGAACCUAACGUAAUUUUAUAUAAUUAAAAAAAAAAUAAAGUAAAUUGUAGUAAUGUUUGUAACGUGGUUCUUUGUGCGCGCACGAUUGCAGCAGCACGACGUGCAAGAAAAGAAAAAACCGUUACAAAUGCAUAUGUAAAAACAAAAUUCAAGAGACUCUCACAAAAAAAUAUGUUAGAAGCGAAAACACCAACCCGCAAGCGACGUGUGGCACGUAUGUAUAUUGUGGCUGCCACAAAGAAUAACGUUAUGAAUUGUAAAAACUUUGCCAUUAACUGUAUUUGUAUUCGAUAUAUAUACAUAUAUUUAACCACUAUGCUAGACAUGCGCUAGCGCCUAAUUGUAGACUAUGAUUUUACUAAUUUUUAUAUGCGACACU